AUGGGUGAGCAGACCCCAGCUCAAAUCGACGACCUACCCAAACCCGAAUCCCAUUCUCUGCCCCCGAUCGAAACCCCCAAGGCCCGCCAAGACUCCUCUGAUGCCGGCCACCAGCUUCCUCACCCCUCGCCCGCCGCCGAUCCAGAAAUCCCCCACGUUCCCCAGAAUCCUUCCAAAAUUCCGAUUCGACCUCAGAAAAUCCGCAAACUCUCCACGGCCACCGAGAAACCUUCCAUUUCCCUGGACGAGUCAUCCGCCUCGGCAUCCUCUUCCUUGGCCCUCUGCGCCUCCAGCACCCCCUCCUCUGCCAAAAACCGCCGGCGGAGCGCCUCGCAAUCCUCCAGGGCCUUGCCCCUAAUCAGUAAACCUCUGACCGCCGAAGGCGAGAUCGAGUCGGCCAUCCGCCACCUCCGCGCGGCCGAUCCCGUGCUGGCCCCGCUCAUCGACACCCUCCCACCGCCGGAGUUCACUGAACGCCUCCCCCCAUUCCACGCCCUCGCCAAGAGCAUCCUCUAUCAGCAGCUCGCCCUCAAGGCUGGAACCACCAUCUACAACCGCUUCGUGGCCCUGUGCGGAGGUUCGGACUCUGUCUGCCCUGAUACCGUCCUCACCCUCACCUCCCAGCAGCUGAAGCAGAUUGGGGUCUCUGGCCGCAAGGCCAGCUACAUAUACGACCUGGCGAAUAAAUACAAAUCGGGGAUUUUGUCUGACAACAUGGUGGUGAAGAUGGACGAUAAGUCUCUGUUCACAAUGCUGACCAUGGUGAAGGGGAUCGGUUCUUGGUCGGUCCAAAUGUUUAUGAUGUUCUCCCUCCAGAGGCCUGAUAUCCUUCCCGUUAGCGACCUUGGGGUCAGGAAAGGGGUGCAGAUGCUGUACGGCUUGGAUGAGCUGCCCAAGCCCUCACAGUUGGAGCAGUUGUGUGAGAAGUGGAGGCCUUAUAGAUCGGUCGGGGCAUGGUACAUGUGGCGGAUCACAGAUGCAAAAGCAGCGGCUGGCUCAGGAGGCCUUGAAGGUGGUGUCGUGCAGCCGUUGCAGCAGAUAGAGCCGCGCCAGGAUGGACAUCAGCAUCAGCUGCAGUUUGUGGAGCCCGUCAAUGGCAUUGGCAAUAUGGGGGCGUGUAUUUGGAACCAGUGA